AGGCAUCUCAUCUGGUUGCUACACCUGAAAAUGGCGGGCAGCGAUAACCGUGAGGACUUGUCUGGUGCUCUCCCCUCGGACGGCCAGUCCGCAGCGACCAACGAUAGACCCGAAAGGGAGAAUCGUCCUUUCGAAAUGCUCGUAAAGGGGGUUCUGCGGCAGUUUGCCAACGAGGAGGAAUACCAAACCUACGUUGCGCGGGCGGAGAAAAAAGCCGCCCGCAAAAUCGUAAAAAAGGCCCGCAAGGUGGCGUAUCGGAAAGCAGAGGAAGAGAAGGCCGAGCUGUCUCGCGCCGUUGGAGAGAAACCUCCCUCUCCCUCGCCUUGCGAACGAUGCGCCUCUACGGACCAUACGGGGGUGGACUGUCCAAAACGAGCAUGGAAGUCUUGGACAGUCCAGUCCCGAAAGUCACCACUUAACUGUGGUGGCUCGUGGCGGAAGCCUUCCCACGAGCUGAACCCUGAACCCAUUGCCGAAGCCUCUGCCCGCUCUGGAGCUGGUGGUAAACGCCAGCGUUCCGGCAGCCCGACUCCGACUGAAUCGUUGCAAAAAGCCCCUGGUGACCCUUCCCAGGUGCCGGAUGUCAACGUCAAGUCGGUCAAGGACCCAGCGAAGGGGGGUCAAGGUAUGGGCAAGGGCCGCUCUGAGAAGGCCAACGUCAAUUUCACUCGACGAGUGGAAAAAGGCUUUGAUCCGGAAGAAGAGUCAAUCUUCGGAGAUGGUACCUGGAUAUGGGCGAAGAUGCCGCUGGAACUGCGCCCCGCUGCCAAUGUACCUCUCAGCUGGGUUUGUCUCGGCCUCGUUGGUACUGGAUUGGUGUCUCACGCCGAACUGAAGGUUGCGUGUCCUCAUGGGCACAAGGCUUGGGCGGUGAAAUGUGAUUCAGUGCAAACGGCAAUGAGAUUCAAAGAUGGGGUUGACGUCAAGCUGGAUAAGCAUGAUGCCAGGUUCUCUGUCUUGAAGACGGGGGGUGCCCGUGGUUUUGUGACGAAGCACUACGGCUUCCUGGGUCCUGACGCGUUGAUGGAGGCCCUUCUCAAUGUGCAAGAGAUCCAGAAGGCGAGGAUUCCAUUCUGGGUUGGCAUCCAGAAAUCCCGGGGAGCCGUGGGUCUUCGCGCGUUGGUGGUGUUUGAGCGAGCCCCAGGCUUUGCCUCUUUUUCUGUCCCGAUUGGGAAGCCUAGUGUCAGCUUCAGAAAGUCGUUUCGUGCAAAGUUCUGGCCAAUGGAUGUCUAUAAAAGCGCGUGUGAUAUCUGUACGCUCGAGCAUCCGGAUCGCACGGUCGUCCAGUGCCCUGAGCUGCAGACUCUCACGCCGACCGCUGACAUGAACACACGGCGUUGUGUUGUCCUGUCGUCCGCCCCAAAUGCGUGAUGUAUAUAGUCAAAUGCUC